UCAUUCCGUUGCAUUGCUUUGCACAUAGUCACGACUCGCACACCGUUCUUAACGUUCGACUCGUCCAGUGGAGUAAAAUAGAGAAACGAAAUCGGUAUCGUUACAGAAACGUUUUUUUUUUUUUUAGAUAUAAACGCGCGCGUAUAUAAACAUAAUAUACGUCCUUAUCCGAAAUCGAAUUUAUAAAUUCCCGCCAGUUGCCGACCGACGUGCAUACCGGUAACAAUCUUUCAGUGCGAAUUGAUAAUAAUAAUUUGAAUUUUGAAUUAUUUAUAUCGGUCCAUACCGCACAACGGUUCAUAAUAAUUUUAUUAUUAAAAUAUAUUGAAAUCGUAUUGAAUUAACAAUACGUAUACGGAAAGUGAAAAAUAAAAAAGCAUCGACAAACGGAAUAAAAGAAAAAUUGUGAUAGGAUUGUUGGACGGAAAAAUCCGUCGAACUUCUUGGCAAAUCGUUCGCUCCGAAGAGUGAAACUCGUGUCGAUUCCAUAUUUAUUUUUUUUUUUUUUGUGACACUUGCACAGUAAAAUAACCAUGGCUUUUAUGAUGCCUGUUGUAAAAAAUGAUUACAAUAUUUACAAAUCGAACCGGAACAGACGAGUUUCCGAGUGUUCAAACGACAAGACAUCCGGCUCGUCGGGCUCGUCGUGCGGCGGCACCAGGCGGGUGCACAGCGGUUCCCGGUCUGCGGACGGUCCGUCGCUGUCCACGUCGCCUGGCAGUGAUUUCAUGGUCGGCUCACCGGCGCACCGAUCGCUCGGUGGAGUGUCCAGGCAGACAGCUUUCCACCAUGGCAGCCAGCAGCACCACCAUGGAGUGGCGUCCAGAAACUCGUCCCGGAACUCGCAGUCCAGUCUGCAGAGCCCCGCCAAGUCGUCGUCGUCGUCCUCGUCGCCCCCCAAGGUGUCGUCCACGUCGUCGCUCAACAUGUUCCACUCGAAGCUCGUCGACAAGCUCAGACGGUCGCUAACGUCCAAAUCCAAAGACAGUGAGUGUCAGUCUCUAGAUAAGAAAAAAAAACCACCCAACCCUUGCACGCCUAGCGUCACCCAUCCCCGAAGGAACGGCUUGAAAGGAACGUCGGGUUCGCUUGUUUCAAACCCGAUAGCACAUCGACGACGUCCAGCAAGGAUAUUGCGAGGAGAAGAUCCUGAGAUAUGGCCAAAGGUGACGACCAUCAACGGUCAGUACCAAACCUGACUAAAUCAGCAAAUAGCCGGCCAGUAUCCAGUAUGGCCACGUCCUGUCCUCUGGGCACCAAUAUUGGGCUAUGACAAAAUAAACAGUAAAAAAAUCAAGAAAACCUACAGCAAAUCAUAGUGUGCUCUUGUGUGCAAGGGUAAGUGCCGGCACUUUGUUUAGAAUAAUAAAUUAUUUAUUACACGAGUCGCAUCUCUAUUAAAAUGCUGACUUUGUUUUUUUUCAAAUGGAUGCGUCGUGUGUUUUGGUUAAUAAUAGAGAGUAUUCUAAAAAAAUGUAUAAAUAAUAGCCUAUUUUAAGUUGAUACCUAGCCUAUAUUAUAUAAAAAAAAUUAUUAGUCACAUUUUAUAUGUACAUAUUAAUAUUGACAGCUUAUGGCUUAUCUCAGCAUUAUGGUUUAUUUUUAAUAUUAUUUUUAGUUCUUUAUGAAUACUACUAUUUGAAAAGUAAAGAUGGUACCCGACUAAUUAUAACUUAAGCCUAUCAAUCAAUAGGGGACAAGGUCUUAUAACCUUAAUGUUUAAUGUAUUAUACUAUUGUUGAAAAUGUCUUGAUGUAUUAACAGUGAUCAAAAAAUGAGGGUUUUUUAAAAUUAAGAUACUCUGAUAGUGUCAAAUAUAAAAUCAAUGCAAUUUAAAUACAAUUUUUAAUCCAACAGGAUUCUAGGCAAGAUUUAAAAUAAAUUACUUGGUAGGCUCUUAUUGUUCUUUCUUACCAACCCGCCUACUUUAGUGUAUAAAUUAAUGUAUAUAAUAUUAUAUCAAUAUGUAAUUUGGGGGUAAAAUUUCAUUCAAAAACUUUUUUCAUAAAAUAUCACAGAUCAAAUAUUUUUAAGAUAUAUUGAAAAGUAUUUAUAUAGAAUAUUUUGGCUGCAAUAAUUUAUAACUCGCACUCCAUAAGUCUGAUUGACCAAAUAAAAUUAAAAAUACCAUAUCACAAAAUGUAUUCUUUUGCAAAUAAUUUUAAUGUAGUUUUUGUUCGUAAGGGGCAACAUAUGUCCCACCUGGAUACUCAAUGAUAGACUGUACUUAAAUUUGUUAGAUGUUCAUUAGGCUGUUACGUUGUAUCAUAAAGGGAAAAUUAUUUUAAUGGGUUGGUAAGUUAAGCCUGAUGCUCUGUUUUGUUUAUAAUAGGUAAAAAUUAAUCAACCAUAUAUAAUCUGUGAUACGUUUGUUACUAUUUUUUUAAGAUAUUCAGCUUUUAUCUUUAUUUAUCUAGGUAAAUAGGGUUUACUAAAACAUAAAAAUAAAACUGUUAUUGUUUUGGAGUUAGCUUAAAAAAAAUACUAUUAUUACAUUGGGCGCCUGAUCGUUAAUUCUGAAUUAUUCUCUUUCAAUGAACUAAACAAUAAGCUUUUUUUUGUCAUAUGAAUAUUAUGCAUUCUCUUACAAAAAAGUGAAAAAACUGUCAUAAUACUUUUUAAUUUAUACACAUAUAACUCUCUCAUAUGCAAUUACUCAUCUAAAACAAAUAGUUGCCUUAACCAUAUUAAUUUUAACAUUGAAAGUUAUUUAAUAUAGUUUUAAUUAUUCAUUAUCUUGUAAUAGUCAUUUGAUAUUUAAAAAUCAAAGUACAAAAUAAUAACAAAAAGAAACUGUGUUACCAUUCAUUUUUUUUAUUUUAAAAUGUAUGGAUAUCAUAAAUCUUGAUUUAAAUUGUUCAUAGCAUAACUACAUCAUUAACUCAUAUCUAAAUUUUAUUAUUAUACUAAUUUAUUUUUGAUGGCGCCCAAACAACAACAAAAACAAUACUUGUCUAGAAACCAUAAUAAGUUACAAUACUGAAUGUGAUAAUAACUUGUCCUUUGAAAUACAAUAGUCAAAAAUAUUUGUUACGUUUAAUUAUAUAUUUUGAUGAAAAAAAGAAACUAGUCUCUUUAUUUUUUUUAUUUUAUUAAGUUAUUUUCCUGAUACCAAAAUAAAUUUUAUCACCGGUUUUUUUUCCAAUAAAACAAAAUCAUUGAAUUAGACUGAUUGAUAGACUAAAUAUUGUACACAGUAUUAAUGUAUAACUGUUUUAAAACUUCAAAAAACUUGUACUUAAAAAUAUCUUACAAAAUUAUGCUGUUAUUUUACUCUUAAAUUAUUUUAACUAAAAAAAGAAAAUUGUUAAAUUAUCUUUAUUUACCUUUUUAUUUAUGUUUUUCUGUCUGUACGCAAAAAAAAGUAAUUCUAUAUAAGUCUAUUUUAUUGUAUAAGUGCCGGAAGAGAAAAAUGUAUUUUACAUUUUGAUUUGUAAUAAAAUUGUAAUAAAAUCCUUAAUUAAUAAAAUAUUAUUUUUUAUUGUUCAA